AUGGAACCACAAGAUGUCUCAGGUUUAUACUUCUUUGAGAUGCAUACAAUUCAAACUGCCACCAAUAAUUUCAGCCUCUCAAAUAAACUCGGACAAGGUGGAUUUGGCUCAGUUUACAAGGGAAAGCUGCAAGAUGGGAAAGAAAUUGCUGUAAAACGUCUUUCUAGCAGCUCGGGGCAGGGCAAAGAGGAGUUCACCAAUGAAAUAGUACUCAUCUCAAAACUACAACACAAAAACUUAGUUCGGAUUUUGGGAUGUUGCAUUGAAGGAGAAGAGAGGCUAUUAGUUUAUGAGUUCAUGUUAAACAAAAGCCUUGAUACCUUUCUCUUUGAUUCAACAAAAAGGCUUGAGCUUGAUUGGCCAAAGAGAUUGAAUAUCAUUCAAGGCAUUGCGCGUGGAGCUUCUUCUAUCUCCACCGUGACUCACACCCAAGGUCAUUCACCGAGAUCUGAAGAGGAUAUAUGUCUCCUGAGUAUGCAUGGACUGGGAUGUUCUCUGAGAAAUGACAUCUACAGCUUCGGAGUUCUACUUUUAGAAAUCAUCAGCGGGGAGAAGAUCUCAAGAUUCAGCUAUGGCGAAGAAGAGAAAACACUUCUUGCAUAUGCGUGGGAAUCUUGGUCUGAAAAUGGAGGAGUUGGUCUUUUGCAUCAAGAUCUUGCUGAUUCAUGUCACCAGUCUGAAGUUGGAAGGUGUGUUCAGAUUGGCUUGCUUUGUGUUCAACACCAACCUGCAGACAGACCCAACACACUUGAGUUGCUGUCUAUGCUCACCACAAAAUCAGAUCUUCCUUCGCCAAAACAACCCACAUUUGUAGUGCACACGAGAGUUGAAGAAUCCCAGGGUUUGAUCACCGUCAAUGAGAUUACACAAUCUGUGAUCGAAGGGCGCUAA